AUGGUUCAAGGCUUGAGUCUUGUACCCUAUGAAGAAUAUGGAUUAGAACGCUGGUACAACUAUCAUAGUUAUAUUUCAAAGUUGAAUAUGCAGGCUGUUAGUUCGGCACAAACAAAUUCGGAUGAGUUUGUGAAGGAAUACUUCAUCGCAAACAACAAACUGGUGUUAUUGGUCCAGGACCUCGUAGCCCUGGAGUUGUGGCAAAACAGAGUGUUCAAACACUUGAUACAGAAACAAGAAGAACCCAGUUCAACGUUCCCGAUCUAUACAGUGCUGUAUCACGAACUUGUUGUUGCCAACCUGUUGGAAACACUAACUUUUCAUACAGAUGCCAUGGAAACACUAAAUGACUCGUCUGUAGAUCUUGCUGAUUGGUGCUAUCGAGCACUGUGCUAUUUGGUGGCAAACUUCUCCACGGAAGAUAGUAAAGAGGACUACCUGAAAGCAAAAGAUGAAGUUUGGCUCAGCUUAUUUCAAAUCCUUCUGGCCAACCAAUCGAGUCUGCGUUACGACUGUUCAGUGACUCACAGACGGGCGGCCUUGCUGAAACUUCGGUCGCAUCUGACCGAAGACAAAAUCGACGUGAUUCCUGUCCUGGCUGAUCUGAGGCGCUUUCUGGAACAUUUGAGCUUGUCCCCAAACCCCGGAGGAACCACAGAGUCUGGGAUGGCGAACGUGUGUUUGGUUGAAAUGAUGCCUGAAAUACGUGAUGGGUUGUGCCGCAAAUACGCAAAGAAGUGGAAACAAUUAGCCAUUGACUUCUUCGACCGCAUCGAAUCGGACCGGGGAAAACAGGCUGCUCGGCGCGCAGCCACUCAGUGGACCGAAACAUUCUCGGACGACCACUUAGAUAAACUGUUCUCCAACAUGGGCGAUGGAGAGCUGGGCCUACCGAAUCCCUAUGGCGGUCAAACGAAGUGUGUGGUUUGCGGGGAACCGACUGUCAAACGUUGUUCUCGUUGUCGCACCGAAUGGUAUUGCCGACGGGAAUGUCAAGUGAAACAUUGGUCAAAACAUAAAAAAGCAUGUGACCUGAUGGUAGACGCAAUCAAAGCAGAACAAGAAAACUGA